GCGGUGGGCGGGGCCACGCAAUGACGCAGACCUUGGGUUGGUCGAGGGGUGGGCCGUGUUUCCGGCCGGAGAAACCGUCGCAUUUCUGGGGCGACGCCUCGGCUGGCGGUUACCACCGCCUUUGAAACCUCUGGACCAGCCACUUCCAUCACUGGCGUCACCAUGGGAGCUGUGCUGGGCGUCUGCUCCCUCGCCAGCUGGGUUCCAUGCCUCUGCAGUGGUGCAUCAUGUUUGCUGUGUAGUUGCUGUCCUAACACUAAGAAUUCCACGGUGACGCGCCUCAUUUAUGCCUUCAUUCUUCUCCUGGGCACUGCUGUAUCCUGUAUCAUGUUGACUAAACACAUGGAAACUCAGCUGAAGAAGAUUCCUGGAUUCUGUGAAGGGGGAUUUAAAAUCAGAAUGCCUGACAUAAAGGCAGAUGAAGACUGUGAUGUGCUGGUUGGUUAUAAAGCUGUAUAUCGGAUCAACUUUGCCUUGGCUGUCUUUUUCUUUGUCUUCUUUCUGCUCAUGUUAAAAGUAAAAACAAGUAAAGAUCCUAGAGCAGCAGUACACAAUGGGUUUUGGUUCUUCAAAAUUGCUGCUCUUGUUGGAAUCAUGGUUGGGGCUUUCUACAUUCCUGGAGGCCCUUUUACCACAGCCUGGUUUACUGUUGGCAUGGGAGGGGCCGCUUUCUUCAUCCUCAUCCAGUUGGUGCUGUUGGUAGACUUUGCUCACUCUUUGAAUGAAUUAUGGGUAAAUCGAAUGGAAGAAGGAAACCCAAGAUUGUGGUAUGCUGUUUUACUGUCUGUCACAAGCUUCUUUUAUAUCCUGUCAAUUAUCGGUGUUGGGCUGCUCUAUGCGUAUUACACCAAACCAGAUGGCUGCACAGAAAAUAAGUUCUUCAUCAGUAUUAAUCUAAUCCUUUGCAUUGUGGUUUCUGUUAUAUCAAUCCACCCAAAAAUUCAGGAACACCAGCCUCGCUCCGGCCUCCUGCAGUCCUCUAUAAUCACCCUCUACACCAUGUACCUCACCUGGUCAGCCAUGUCCAAUGAACCUGGAUAAUAAAACAUUUCCGAUCGUUCCUGCAACCCUAGCCUGCUGAGCAUCAUUACACACAUAACUGCACCAACUUUGGCUCCUGGAAAUUCCACUGCUCCGGCCCCUACCUCUGCUCCACCAUCAAAGAGUGGAGGUUUUCUGGAUACAGAGAAUUUCAUUGGGCUGCUGGUCUUUGUUAUCUGCCUUUUGUAUUCUAGCAUCCGCAAUUCCAGCAAUAGCCAAGUAGACAAGCUGACCUUGUCAGGGAGUGACAGCGUGAUCCUUGGUGAUACAACUGCUAAUGGUGGCAGCGAUGAAGAAGAUGGGCAGCCUCGGCGGGCUGUGGACAACGAAAAAGAGGGAGUGCAGUACAGCUACUCCUUCUUCCACUUAAUGCUCUGCUUGGCUUCCUUGUACAUCAUGAUGACCCUAACCAGCUGGUACAGCCCCGAUGCAAAGUUCCAGAACAUGACCAGCAAGUGGCCAGCUGUCUGGGUGAAGAUCAGCUCCAGCUGGGUCUGCCUCCUCCUCUACGUCUGGACCCUUGUGGCUCCUCUUGUCCUUACUAAUCGGGACUUCAGCUGAACUUCAGAGUGCCAAGGAUGCCACUGAAAUUCAUAAAGGUCUCCUUUGCCGAAAACCCAUAUCUCUUUUAGGUUUGCUUCAACUAAAAUAUUAAGUGAACGCUUUACAAAUUUGACUAUAUCCAGGUUUAUAGCAGAAAGGCAAGAUCGAAUAAUGCUUGAUGCAGAAUCUGAACUUUCCAUUUAUCUAUAUAUUAAUAUUAUGUUUAUUUGUAAGGAUAUAGCACAAAGGGAACAUUUUUAUGUUUAAAGUGAACCUACAGCUGUGCUGUGAAGAGAGUUCUUUAUAAAGAUUGAUAUGUUCCUAGAAGUUUGAUUUAAAAUAUAAGAUAGAAAAAUGUUGGAUAUUUGAGGCCAUCAUUAAUAUAUUUCUAUUGCAGUAUCCUUAAAAAGCAAAAAAGAAAAAAAAAAGCAUUUAUAUGACAGUUUUCCUCUGAAAGUCCUUACUAGUGUAAUACAAGCACUGUGUUCCAUGCUUAAACUUUUUGGAGGUGUAGCAUCAUAGUUCUUGGGGAAUUAUGUAUGUGGGUCCUUCCCAGAAGAGUGGUUGCUGAUAUGGCUACUGCUGCUACAUCUUGAGUUUUUUAAUUUACCUUUUUUAUACUAUAGCAUUGAUGCUGCUUGAUUCAAGUGUGGUGCUUUGCCAGGUAUGUUAAUUUUAAUAAAUGCUUUGUGGGUUUCGUUAAAGUGAACAUUCACUUGGGAAAACACUGCAACUUUAGUCUGUGUAAUUAUCUUGUUAUGAGUAUGUAAAAGUAAAAUGCAUGUGAAUUUGUUAUAUUUGCACUAUAAAGGUAUUUGAUUAAACUAGAACGACUUUAAGAUUUUAAGGCCCUUUCUUUAACAGCUUUUAUGAGUUAGCCAUUUUUUAUUUUUUGGACAGUCAGGUUCAUCAAGCAUCUAAGUGAGAUGCUCUUGUUCCUUCAUGUGGUCUGACUGGUGAGCAAAAUCUUGAAUUCACUAAGAAACCGUCAUAAGUAUCUUCUCUGAGUAAGACACUUUGGUAGAUGAGAGACAAGUGAGGCACUGUUAAGAAAUGUUUUCUCAAGAAGGCAGCAUAUAAAAAGGUAGAAUAAAACCAUUUUGUUUUUUCAGCAAAGAUUCACUGUCCUGCCCCAGGCCCUGUAGGUUUUGGAGGACAGCCUUAAUUAAACAUGAUAGAGGCUCUGCCAUCUUGGACUUACAGCUUAGAGGAGAGUGAAAAUGAGCUGACAAGUGGUUAUAAUGUGGUGAAUUGGUGCUAUGAUUUAGGAAUUGCAGAGAACUCAGAGGAGAGGUACCAGGAGUAAAUAAAGGGUGUCAUGGUAGGCUUCCUGGGGGAAGUGAUGUCUAAGCCAAGAACUGUUAGGCAUUAGCUAAGACAGAAAUGGGCAAGUGGGAUGACAUUGCUAAAGAGUAGACAAAACUGCAUAUUAAAGGCAGGGAGAUAGAAAAAAAAGCUAGAAUGGGGAAAAGUAGGGACUGAGUUAUGAAGGGCUUUAUAAACCCCACUAAACAGUUUGGACCUUAUUACGUUGAGGGCAACAGAAAGCACAUCUUAGUGCCAUGAUGAAAUUUUAUCUUCAGUCACUUUGUCUGAUGUAUAGAGAAUGGAUUUAGAGAGAUGAGACCAGGGCCAGUCCAUGUGAGAUUUGAAAUAGAGAAGUAGAAGUGGGGAUGGGGAGAAAUUAACAGCUGAGAGCUACUUAGCAAUUAGAAUUUGAACAUUGGCAAUUAAUUAGAUAUGGGGGAGAGGUAGAUUUCUGAGUGAUUCUGCUUUAAUCAUCUGGGUGGGUGGUGGUUCCAUUUAUUCAGGUGGGAAACAGGAAAAGGAACAGGAAUUAGAAGGAUGGAGGUAGGUGGUCCCUUAAGAAUAGGCUUGGGAGUUAGAUUGUUUGAGUCUGCAUCCCAGCUUUGUCAUUUUCUAGCUGCCAAACUGAUGAGCUAGUAUUUAUUGAGUACAUACUAUGCUUUAUGAAGUUGAGCCAAUGUCUCUACCUCUCUGAGCCUCAGUUUUAGUACCUUAGUACGUAAGAUUGCUUAAAGUCAUUUUGCAAAGUGCUUACCCCAUUUUAAGCACUCUGACAGUAGCUGUUAAUCUCAAUGUGGGCUAUAAUGAGACAGGAUGAUAUUCAAAGGUUAGAGAUGUUCAGCCAGAAAUGGAUGGAGGCAGGAUUUGAGGUGUUCUCACAAAAUCGAACAGAUGAACGUAGAGGGAGUGGGCUCAGGCGCGGCAGAGGCAGCGGGUAGGGAAGCAGGGAUUGGUAUGAAUUGUUGGAACCACAUUGUCUUUUAAACCAGUGGUUUAUGUCUAUGUAUGGAGAAAAAGAUGCAAGGGAUUUGAGGAAUAAAUAGGAAGAGUUAGCCCCUUAUUUCACCCGUGUAAAUCAGAUACCUACUUUCCUUAACAGCAGGAGAGCCAGAUAAAGAGCUUUAAAGGUCCUAAACUUCUAAAACAUUACAGUGUCCCCCGCCCAUUCUCCGCCUUAUGUAAUUCAAAAUAAAAGCAAUACUAAACUGUAAAAUAAAUGUAACAAAGUCCAAUAAAGUUUUUACUUUUUA